AUGAUACAAGAUCCUAUUUCUGCAAGCGACCGUGGAAGAAGACUACUUCCUCACGUGAUCGAUGGCCUAGCUUUAAGUGAUCCCACUCGUGUUUUUGUAUCCAUUCCAUUAUCAAAUAACCUCCAAGAUGGAUUUCAAGAUAUCACGUACAAAGACUUUGCCCGUUCUAUCGAUAAAUGCUCUUGGUGGAUGGAAGAAAAUCUAGGUCGCAGUGAAACAUUUGAAACACUCAACUAUGUCGGACCUCAAGACUUGCGAUACAUUAUAUUACUGCUUGCUGCUAUCAAGACUGGCUAUCAGAUGUUUUUUAAUUCACCUCAAAAUAGUCUAGAGGGUCAUAUUGCACUACUCGAGUCUUUGGAAUGCAAAAUCCUUUUAGUCCCAGAGACAUUACCAGCUAUUACCCAAAGUCUUCUAUCGAAAAGACAAAUGCGUGCAUUAAAAAUACAGAAUCUCCAGGACUUAAUUUUGGACUAUUUUGUACCAUCAUACCCAUACACCAAAACCUUCGGUCAAGCAAGAUAUGAACCUUUCGUUGUCCUCCAUACCUCCGGUUCAACUGGUACCCAAAAACCCAUUAUCUUAACUCACGGCACCAUAUCCCAACAUGAUACCUUCCUCCUCCCACCACUAUCCGGCCAUCAACCCAUCACUCUCUCACUAUACCAGAAUGCUCGAGUAUUCAUCGGUCUAGGUCUCUUCCACAGCGCAGCCAUCUGUUUCACAUCAUUUUGCAUCUACUACACCACCACAAUUGUUCUCCCUCCACCCAUCCCAAUGACACCUGAAUCCUCCAUUCUCACCCUCAUCGCAAAAACCCCCGAAUACCUAAUCAACAUCAAAAACCUUCGCUACCUAAACUACGGCGGUGGACCUCUCCCAGCCGAAAUCGGAAACAUCUUAAAACUCCACACUCACCUCUUCGCCCAUUUUGGCGCUACCGAAACCGGUUUCUACGCGCUCCAAAUUACCGGUCCUGAAGAUUGGGAAUACAUGAAAUUUAGUCCUACGAUGGGUAUUGAACUUCGUCUUUUCACCAAAGAUCUCUAUGAAUUAUGCUUCAUCCGCCAACCCGAACUCGCGUUAUCUCAAGGCGUCUUUUCUACAUUUCCUUAUUUGGAUGAAUAUUCGAGUAAAGAUUUAUUUUCGAAACAUCCGAAUAAAGAAGGAUUGUGGCAUUUUGAGGGUAGAACAGAUGAUAUGAUUAUUUGUUCUACGGGGGCGAAAAUAAAUCCGAUGGGAAUGGAGGGGUUUUUAAAUGCACAUCCUGCGGUUGAGGUAGCGAUUGUUGGUGGUUCGGGAAGAAUGCGGGGUUAUCUGUUGGUGGAAGCGAGGGAUCCACCUCAGGAUGAAAAGGAGAGAGAUGCUUUGAUUGAGAAGCUUUGGGAUACGAUUGAAAAGGCGAAUCAAAAUGAACAAAUUCAUGGGAAGAUAACCAAGGAAUUAAUUUUAUUUACGAAAGCUGAGAAGCCGAUGGUGAGGGCGGGGAAGGGAACUGUUUUGAGAAAGUUGACUGAGGAACUGUAUAGAGAAGAGUUGAAUGAUUUGUAUGGUGCUUUUGAAGAACAAUUUCCUUACUCAUGUCGCUCCAAAAAUCCAAGUCUGUCUUUUCUUCUCUGA